UGUUUCUCCAAUCAAAAUGGCCUUUGCUUUAGUCGUAUCCUGAGUUUCCUCCCGACAGAACCCAGAAAACAAAAAAAACAUCAAUCAACCGGAGAUCCGGAGAUCCGGAGACCCACACCCACAGAGUUUCCCAACAACCAACAAAAUUGAACGUGCAACCAAAGCAACCACCAACUGAGGCCGCGAACGGAGGGGAGGAUCCCUGUGCUGGUCGCUCCUGCUGCUGGGCAAUGGCAGCCAAAACUGGUCCCUGGCGUCCCCCGGCGAUGAUGGACUACAGCUUGGGCAUGGCCAUGCGCCACCUGUGCACAUCGUCGCAGUGUCCGUGCAGAAAGUGCAGGGCACGCCACAUGUCGCAGGCCAGAGCUCCUGCAGGCACGGGCAACGGCACAGGCAACGGCACAGGCAACGGCAACGGGCCAGCCAGAGGAACUCCACCAGCGUGCAGCGGACGAAGCAGUCCCGGCCCCAUCCACAACAUCGAAUCCAGGCACAUGAACUUCACCGGCAAGAACACGUUCGGCGAGCGGGACAGCAGUCUGCCGCAGGGCAGAAUAAGGCCGGAGGUGGACGACAUCACAUGCAAUGCGGCCGCUGUGCUAUCGUCGUCGUAUGUGCGCCACUCGAAUCUCCGCGACACAUUUGGGGUGCAGGUGCCGCACGGCACCGGCGAUUUGGUUGGCCCCGGCCACGGCCUCUGCAGUGCGGACAUGCGCUGUGACGAGAGCUGCGGCUAUGGGACGGGCUGUGCCGCCGGCUGCGCAAGUCGCAGGCAGCCGGGCACACCGCCAGCCAGAGUCGAGGGCAGCGGCUUCAGUGGCAGCGGCCUGGCGCUCGCCGCAGCAGCGUCCAGCGCCUGCGGCGGCAGGAUAAGCGCAUUCGAUGGCAGCGGCUUUGGGGCACCAAACGGUUCCGGCGGCGGCGUAAGCGGCUGCGGCAGGAGAGAGUUUGGUUACAGUGUCACCAGCAGUGGACUCGGCGGCGCCAGCAGCCUAGUCCGUGGAGGUGGCAGCGGUUUCAUCGGUGGCCCGGGCAGCGUCUCACGAGCGGGCGCCAGUCUAACCGGUGGCGUAGGCCCCGGCGGAUAUGGACGGGGUCGGGGUUUCGUAGAGAUCGAAGAGGCCACGGCUGGUGGUGGACGCCCGCCACCGGGUGCUGGUAGAGAGCCCAACAAUACGCUCCGCGGCCCCGUGGGCAUUGAUUUGUUUCGGAACGAAGGCAUCAACCUCGCACUCACCUUCAUGAUCGAGAUCAUGGGCGUGCUCAUCUUCUUUGCCGUCUGCACCAUCAGCUUCUGGAUCACACUGGGCUACUAUGUCGUCAAGCUAUUGGUGGACUUGAAGAACGCGGACAAGCGCGUGAAGACGGCCGUGGCCAUACUGGUGGGCCUGCUGCUGAUUGCCUUUCUGGUGACGCUGGUCACGAACCGCGAGGGGGGCUUCUGCUGCCGCAAGAGUCGGCCCAAGGCCAAGAGCAGGUGGAGCCUCAACUGUUGUCCCAGGCUCAAGGGUUUGAUCGGCAGCUGCCCCAAGCACAAGCCCAAGGCCAAAGCAAAGGUUGUGGUAGUGCCCGUCUGCCCCAAGCCAAAGCCACCCGCAUGCCCCAAGUGCAAGGCGACCCCGAAAUGUCCCGCGUGCAAGGCAACCAAACCGGCGAGCUGCAACGUCAAGCCAGUGGCCUGCAAGCAGAAGGCCAAGCCAGCGCCCAUCAAGGUGGGCAAAAAGCCCGUCAAAUGCUGGCUGGGCAAGUGCAACAUCAAGGCCACUUCGUGCCCCAAGAAAGUGCGCUACACGGACAAGCAGGGACGUGCCAUAUUCCAGAACUCCAAGCGGUAUGCCAUACCCUGUGAAAUGAAGCAGCCGCCGACGGUGCUUAUCUGGCUAAGGGAUCUCAUUUUGAAUCUGCUGGGCUACUGAUGGCCGAAUCACGAGAAGCGAACACGAGAAGGGCCAACGAGAAGGGACAACGAGAAGGGACAACGAGAAGGGACAACGAGAAGGGACAACGAGAAGGGACAACGAGAAGGGAACGGAAACGGGGGAUCAGGAAAGCGGAACAAACCAAAAUUUUGAAGUUUCAAUAAACACUCUAGUUGGCAUGGAACGAACGGGGCUUAAGUGGUGGCCAUGGAGGUGUGGCUUCAACUGGGGGGGAUGGCCAACCUGAGUGGGAUCCAUGUCUUGGUCGGUCUGUUUCGGUUCACCGAACCAUAUACAUUGCUUGGGCAUGAGACAGCAAAGUCGGGCACG